CGUUAACCGUCCAAUUGUGCAAUGCGCUCGGAGCCUCGUACUCAGACUCGGACAUCAAUCAUUAAUCAUUCGUCGAACAUCUAAUGUCGACAGGCACCUUGAAGGCUGCCUUUGUAGCGGAUCUAAAUGCAAAGACCGAUAAACACAUCACGGAGACUUCUGGUAUACGCCAUGUAAACGUCAAUGGCGAGCCCGUGAGCAGUCCUUGUCAGCAAGUUUUUUGCCGUGUAGAUGCGGACUCGGUCAGAUCCACCAGCUGUUUUCCUCCGUACGGAGGGAGACAGGGAAGACAUUAAUAUUGACAGGAACUAGGCUCAGUAUUAUACGCUUGACAGCGUAGAUGAUUCGCAUGUCCUAGCUUCGUUACUCAAGCUCUGGUUGCGUGAGCUAUGGGACGUAUUGAUCACUGACUCGGAAGAGAUGUACAACGACAAUCUUGCGCAUUCUCUCGAACCUACGGCUAAUCUGGCGCUGGUGAUGGCACCGAACUUACUAAGGUGCAAUCCAGAAUCUAUGACUACACUGGCAAAUGUUCAGUACGCACAAGUGCGAUCAAAUUGUGUUCCCAUCCAUGGCCUUGGUGCCAGUCUGCCAUCGCCCCCACAACCUCGCGUUUGUAAAUCUCGCAACAGAAAGUGAAACAUGCCUAACAUACUACCAUGUAUCCACUAUCUUUUUCUGUACCUAUAUGCACCAUCACCCACCAGCUUGAAAUUGCAUUCACGUGCAUAGAGAUAUCUUCAGUCCUUGCAAGUAUACUUCUCAUCAUUCAUCAGAGUAGCACACACCUUCGUUAAUUACGACAAAAAUGUAUAGGUUAAUUGGCUACUUGAAUUCCAGCCGGUCUUCGCCCAGCAUCUUGGCAUCCAGCAAAUCAUCCAGCCCUGUGACAGCUGUCCGUUCCGAGUCUUGUUUCCAACGUCUUGGCUGCGACUUGGCAGAACCCCACUGGCCGAACUCAUACCCGUCCUCCACGUCCUCCUUGAGCGCAUCGCCCUUCCACGCAUCCAAA